UCUUUCCCGAGUCACUGCUACCCGCACCAUUUCCUAUCAUCGUCAAAAUGCCGCGCGCAGAGGCUGGAAGUACGAAGGCUAUCAGCAACAAAAUCAAACAGAAAGGCUUGGGCAGACUACGAUGGUAUUGCCAGGCAUGUGAGAGACAGAUGAGAGACGAGAACGGCUUCAAAUGCCACGUUCAAUCCGAGAGCCACGUCCGCCAGGUGCUACUCAUCGGCGAGGACCCGAAAAAGUACAUCGAAGACUACAGCAAGCAAUUCAUCGACAACUUCCUCAACCUUCUGAGAACGACGCAUGGUGAAAAGGAGGUCAACGCAAAUCAGUUCUAUCAGCAGGUUAUCGCGGAUAAGACGCACAUUCACAUGAACGCCACGAAAUGGAAGAGUUUGUCGCAAUUCAUCGCCCAUCUCGGUCGCGAGGGUCUUUGUCGGGUACAGGAGUCGGACAAGGGGUUGUUUGUCGCAUACAUCGAUCGGAGUCCGGAGACGAUGCGACGGCGCGAGGCCCUGAUGAAGAAGGAGCGGCAGGAUAAGGGUGAUGAGGAGCGGGAGCAGCAGCAGAUCCAGGAGCAAAUCGAACGCGCUCGCCAGGCUGCGGCGAAGGAGGCGGAGAUCGAUCCUGAGGCUAGGAAUCUGCAGCGCAAGGAGGGUGAGAAGGUGAAGCUUAAUAUUGGGUUUAGUGUCAAGACGAACGGGGAAGCGAAGGUCGAGUCGCCUGCGACAGCCACCCCGGCCGAGGAUAAGGGAAGCAGUGCAUCGGCUUCUCCGGAGACCUCAGCGGCCGCUUCUCCUGCGCCUGCGCCCGCUCCGGCUGCUCUAGCGCCAAAGGUGUCUCUGUCUUUUGGUGGCGGCGGCAACAAGCCUAAGAACGUCUUUGCAACGGCGGUAAAGAAGAACCCACUUGCGGGGAAGAAGGGUCCCGUGAAGGAGGCGCCGAAGAAGAUGACGGAGCAGGAGCGGAUCAUGAAGCAGGAGAUGGAGGCAAUGGAACGCAAGCGUAUGCGUGGGUCAUCUGGUUUCCCGGAUGCCAAACGCCCCAGGGUUUCUUGAGCAGCCGGUCCGGUCGCUUCUAUCUCGGGGCGUGGGCUGAAAGAGCUCACACCUCCCUUCGCCAGUCACGGGGCUAUUGGUCCUCGUCGGCUGGCUUGUGGGAACCUUUCACCCGCAAUGGCCUCUGCUCCAGAGAUGCCAAUAUCUUGAGGUGUCGUUCUUUUGAGAGGCACUUUAUCCUCCGACGGCAUCUCCGCACGGUUCCCGCUACCAGACAGUCGCUUCAAGUUUGCGCACCUUAUGUCCCUGUCACUGACUAGGUUGACCGGUGGUAAAUCUCGAAAGAGCGAGUCUUAGAUAAAUCCACAUUAGAUCGGAGGGUGGUAGAUAGUCCGUCAUAAACUAUUGACCUGUGCUCGUGAGCAGGAUAUGUGCUUCG